GUCACAACAACACGUCGCCAUUUCACGGAUGGGGGGUCAGCUGAAACUCCCGCAAAGUAAUUUACGUCACCGGAGAUAUAGCACAACACACGAACAUUAUCUAAAAGGAAACUGUAAAUGUGGCGAUAUUUGGCUCGGGUGAAUGAGUUGUUCAAGUGCCGGUUGAAGUUGCCAGUGAUCGGAUUUUUUCAUGUCAACAGCCAGCCAGCUGUCAAGUGUAAACAUAAGAACCAUAAAACAAAACCUAUAAACAGGCAUAUAUCAAAUGCCCCCUCCUUGACAAGAUCACAGAGACACAGUGACUGGCACACAGACAUUGUGGAGCCAAGAGAUACACGCUUGACCUCUCCCCUCUCUGCGGCCCAAGUAACUUCGUCCUGACAGAGAACAGAUGACUGCAACCCGGCCACAGUGGAAGAGGAGCGAUUUAUGAGGAAACCAAGUCUAGAUUUAACUUCAGCCUGCAGCUUUGAUAUGUGCUGAGAGAAGGACAGUGUACCAUCUAGCCAUACUCCCAAGUACUUGUAUGAGGAGACUACCUCAAGCUCUCAACCCUCAGAGGAUGAAGAGGGUGAAAGGAGAUGAGGACGCCUGCAGCUCUUCCAGCGAGGGCCCAACCGAGUCCUGCAAGAAGGUGAGGAAGCUACAGUCAAGCAAAGAGAAGCAUCAAGAGGAGGAGGAAGAAGAGACUGAUGUAGAUCUCUGCGAGUUUGGCUUCGACUGGGCACUGCUCCCUCAGGAGAUCCUGCUCAACAUCUUCCAAUUCCUGCCUCUUCUGGACCGGGCGUAUGCCUCGCAAGUGUGCCGUGGCUGGAACCAAGCUUUCCACAUGCCCGAGCUAUGGAGGUGCUUUGAGUUUGAGCUGAACCAGCCUGCCAGUUCUUACCUGAAGGCGACACACCCAGACCUAAUCAAACAGAUCAUCAAGAGGCAUUCGAACCACCUGCAGUAUGUCAGCUUCAAAGUGGACAGCAGCACGGAAUCUGCAGAGGCAGCCUGUGACAUUCUCUCCCAGCUGGUGAACUGUUCACUAAAGACACUAGGGCUCAUCUCUACGGCCAGACCCAGCUUCAUGGAGUUGCCCAAGUCUCAUUUCAUCUCGGCCCUGACGGUGGUGUUUGUCAACUCCAAGUCCCUGUCAUCUCUGAAGAUCGACGACACACCGGUGGAUGACCCGUCCCUGAAAGUCCUGGUGGCAAACAACAGCGACACGCUAAGGAUGUUGAAGAUGAGCAGCUGCCCUCAUGUCUCCCCUGCAGGUAUCCUGUGUGUGGCGGACCAGUGCCAUGGCCUGAGGGAGCUUGCGCUGAACUACCACCUGCUGAGUGACGAGCUCUUAUUAGCCCUCUCCUCUGAGAAACACGUGCACCUGGAGCAUCUCCGCCUUGAUGUGGUCAGCGAGAACCCUGGGCAGCACUUCCACACCAUCAGGAAGUCCAGCUGGGACGCUAUGCUGCGCCACUCGCCCAAGUUCAACCUGGUCAUGUACUUCUUCCUCUACGAGGACGAGUUCGGCCCCUUCUUCAGGGAGGAAGUCCCCAUCACCCACCUCUACUUUGGUCGCUCAGUCAGUAAGGAUGUGCUGGGCCGAGUGGGGCUCCACUGUCCCCGGUUGGUGGAGUUGGUGGUGUGCGCCAAUGGGCUGCGGCCGCUGGACGAGGAGCUAAUCCGCAUCGCCAAGCGCUGCACCCAGCUGUCGGCCAUUGGCCUUGGGGAGUGUGAGGUGUCGUGCAGCGCGUUCGUGGAAUUCGUGAAGAUGUGCGGUCGGAGGUUGUCCCAGCUGUCCAUCAUGGAGGAGGUGCUGAUUCCUGACCAUAAGUACAACCUGGAUGAAAUCCACUGGGAGGUGUCAAAGCACCUCGGCCGUGUCUGGUUCCCCGACAUGAUGCCCACCUGGUAGAGCCGUUGAAGGGGGCUGUGGAUUUACUGUACAGAGUUUGACAUACUUUUCUCUUUUUUCCCACCUUGAAACUCUGUCCGAAGCGCCCAUGUUGGCAGCGAAGGAACAACCGAAGAUAAUCGUGUUCUACUUAAAAUGCGAAUUUCAGGGAUGCGAUUUUUCCUGAUUAAUCAGGAAUUCCUACUUUUCUCACUGUAUACUCCAUUCCUAUACACUGAACAAAAAUAUAAACGCAACAUGUAAAGUGUUGUUUCAUGAGCCGAAAUAAAAGAUCCCAGAAAUGUUCCAAAUGCAUAAAAAGCUUAUUUCUCUCAAAUUUUGUGCACAAAUUUGUUUAGAUCCCUGUUAGUGAGCAUUUCUGCUUUGCCAAGAUAAUCCAUCCACCUGAUAGGUUAAUCAGCUUCUUGAUAUACUACACCUGUCUGGGAACGGGGUUCUGCUAGCACUAGCGGAACCCUAUUCCCAGACAGGUUAAUUAGCUUCUUGAUAUGCCACACCUAUCAGGUGGAUGGAUUAUCUAUAACCGCUCGCCCAAUGAAAUUGCAGGGCGCCAAAUACAAAUCUGCAAAAAUCUAAUAAAUACAAUUUCUCAAACAUACAAGUAUUAGGCACCAUUUUAAAUAUAAAAUUCUCAUUAAUCCAGCCACAGUGUCUGAUUUCAAAAAUGCUUUACAGUUAGGUCAUCACGAAGUCACAGAAAAACCCAGCCAUUUUUCCAGCCAAAGAGAGGAGUCACAAAAAGCACAAAUAUAAAGAACCUUUGAUCUUCAUCAGAUGACACUCAUAGGACUUCAUGUUACACAAUACAUGUAUGUUUUGGUUGAUAAAGUGCAUAUUUAUAUCCAAAAAUCUCAUUUUACAUUGGCUUGUUAUGCUAAGUUGUUCCAAAACAUGCAGUGAUUUUGCAGAGAGCCACAUCAAUUCACAGAAAUACUCAUUAUAAAUGUUGAUGAAAAUUCAAGUGUUAUGCAUGGCAUUUUAGAUCCUCUUCUCCUUAAUGCAACCGCUGUGUCAGAUUUCAAAAAAACUUUACGGAAAAAGCAUAAUCUGAGUACGCCACUCAGAGCCCAAAACAGCCAAAAGAAAUAUCCGCCAUGUUGCGCAGUCAACAUUAGUCAUAAAUAGCAUUAUAAAUAUUCCCCUACCUUUGAUCUUCAUCAUAAUGCACUCACAGGAAUCCCAGUUCCACAAUAAAUGUUUGAUUUGUUCCAUAAAGUUAAUCAUUUAUGUACAUAUACCUCCUUUUGUUAGGGCGUUUGGUUAACAAAUCCAAAACGCGAGUGCAGGUCCAGCCGAACGUCGGACGAAAAGUUUCAAGAAGUUAUAACAGGUCGUAUAGAAUCAAUCUUUAUGAUGUUUUUAUCAUAAAUGUUCCAACCAGAGAAGUCCAUUGUCUGUAGAAAAGCAAUGGAAUGAAAGCUACCUCGUGAAUGCGCGUGACUGAGAUCGAGGCUGCUGGCAGACCUCUGACUCAAUCCCCUCUCAUUCGGCCCCCCUUCACAGUAGAAGUCUCAUACAGGUUUCUAAAGACGGUUGACGUCUAGUGGAAGCCUUAGGAAGUGCAACAUAACCAAUAUCCCACUGUGUAUUCGAUAGGGGCUGAGUUCAAAAACUACAAACCUCAGAUUUCCUGUUUAGAUUUUUUGUCAGGUUUUUGCCUGCCAUAUGUGUUCUGUUAUACUCACAGACAUCAUUCAAACAGUUUUAGAAACUUCCGAGUGUUAUCUAUCCAAUACUACUAAUAAUAUGCAUAUAUUAGGAUCUGGGACUGAGUAGGAGGCAGUUUACUCUGGGCACGCUUUUCAUCCAAAAGUGAAAAUGCUGCCCCCUAUCCCAAAAGUUAUGAAACAGCAUGGUCAUUACAUAGGUGCACCUUGUGCUGGGGACAAAUGGCCACUCUAAAAUGUGCAGUCUUGUCACAGUACACAAUGCCACAGUAAACUUAGGGUUAUGUUAGGGGUAGGGUUGAGUAAACGUGCAAUUAGCAUGUUUGACUGUAAGAAUAUCCACCAGACCUAUUGCCAGAGAAUUUUAUGUUUAUUUCUCUACCGGCAACUGCCUCCAAUGUAGUUUUAGAGAUCAGUACACAAUUCCUGGAAGCUGAAAACUUCCCAGUUCUUCCAUGGCUUUAAUUUAUAUAUAUAUACUUCUUUUUUUUUUUUUCUUUUUUUUUUUACAUGUGUCUGUGACCAACAGAUUAAUAUCUGUAUUCCCAGUCACAUGAAAUCCAUUGAUUAGGGCUUAAUGAAUUUAUUUAAAUUGACAUAUUUCCUUAUAUGAACUGUAACUCAGUAUAACCUUUGAAAUUGUUGCAUUUAUCUUUGUUCAGUAUAUUUAAAACUGACCUGUCCCAUAGAGCUCAGACAAAACUGAUUUUCCAGAUUUUCUAUUGAUCACAUGAAAUGUAUUAAGUUCUUAUUAUGGAAUGUUUUGCGUCAACAUGUCGUCUAGUUUUCCAAACUCUGUACUGUAUGGCUUUGUGGUAGAGGAGCACACCCCUCCUCAGGCGUAAGAGGCUACACUGGUCAGGGACACAGGGUGGAGUUUUUUGUUUUUUUGGUACAGACAGUUAUGCUAUGGCUGAUUUUUAUUGAAAUAGCGCAUCUGUUAAAAAACACCAACCCUGUUUUGACCAGGGUUGUAGCCCCUGCUUCCCACCGCAGCCACCACUACACAGUACUGCAGCACACCUUCUUAAGAAGAGGUAGCCUAGAUGUUGUCCCAAUUGUCCUGAGUGGUGUACUAUGAGGCCAGCUAUACUGAACAAAAAUAUAAACAACAUGCAACAAUUUAAACAAUUUUUCUGAGUUACCAGUCAUAUAAUCUUUAAAUAAAUUGGGCCUUAAUCUAUGGAUUUCACAUGACUGGGCAGGGUUGCAGCCAUGGGUGGGCAUAGGCCCAUCCAAUCAGAAUGAGCGGGCAGCACAGUUGCGGGAUUGAGGAUUGUAAACACGCUCCCUCAACUUGAGACAUUUGUGGUGUUGUGUGACAAAACGUGGCCUUUUAUUGUCCCCAGCACAAGGUGCACCUGUGUAAUGAUCAUGCUGUUUUAUCGGCUACUUGAUAUGCCACACCUGUCAGGUGGAUGGAUUAUUUUGACAAAAGAGAAAUGCUCACUAAUGGGGAUCUAAACAAAUUUGGGCACAUAAUUUGAGGGAAAUAAGCUUGUGCGUAUGGAACAUUUCUGGGAUCUUUUAUUUCAGCUCAUGAAACAUAAGACCAACAUUUUACAUGUUGCGUUUAUAUUUUUGUUCAGUAUAGAUCUACUCAGGCUUUUAUAAAGCUAACCAGCUUCAGUUAGCUUCACAUUCCAGGUCCGGCUUCAUCCAUACUACGAUUGCUUGUCCACCUGCCGCUAACUCUAGCAGGCUUGUAACUGCCCAUGGUUAGUCAAACUCUUCAUUGAGACAAUGCUGAAAUGUCCAUCAGUGCCACAUUUUAAUUUGUGCCGAAAUCAAAAUGAAAGGAAAGUUAUCUGGGAAAUUCUGCGGGCAUGAAAUAGGCUUUUAGAAGUGUCUUUGGUUUGCUUAUCACUGUACGAGCAUCUUUUCCCCCGCUCCUUUCGCUCCUUCUAUCUGUGGAACAGCUUGUUGCAUUGCGGCCAUAGACAUAUAAUCCAUAGAAGAGUUUUUUGAACCUCUAACCCUGGCAAUGUGACUGUUAAACUCAUGGGUGCAAUGGUUUCCAGUCUUGACUUGAAUGGGAACAGCCAUCUAUGGAUUAUAUGACUAUGGUUGGUUGCAGCUGUCAGUUUGCCUUUCACAAAUGUCUAAAUACAAUCUCGUGAAAAACGGACAUUUUGGAAAUGCUGUCAUUACUGAAUGUGUAAGGUAUUUUACCAUUUACAUAUUUUCAUUAUUUAUUUUAUCAGUCUUCCUCAAAUGAAGGGGUUGAUGACACAAACUUUGUGAGAGGGAGGAUAUCUGAUUUCAUUGGUCCUCAACUUGUGGCUCAGACACCCGUUAUAUGCCCAUUGGACAAUCAAUACAAAGACCAUUAAAAGGUGGAGACUGGACUGGAAGCCAGUGUGUUUUAAAAGUGUAAAUUGGGUCACUGGCUUUUAGUCUGGCUAUGAUAUUCUGUCCUCUGAGAAAUGUUGCGGUUUUGUAUGUCGGUUUUCAAUCACUUUUAACGGUUUGUGGAGGUGGGGAGGGAAAGGGGGAUUCCUUGUCAGUUGUACAACUGAAUGCAUUCAACUGAAAUGUCUUCCACAUUUAGAAGCUGCAUGUUGUAAGGUAUGCUACCCGACACUACAACAGAAUAAGCUAAAAGAUACAAGUCUAAGAAUUGGACAGGAACUCUGCACUUUUUGCAACAAAUAGUUGGUGUUUGAGUAAUUUCAGUUGCCACAAUUGUUUGUGUAUUUAACAGAUGAAAGGGUGAUUCAAAAUCUGAAUUUAAAAUUAUAUCAGACAUUUCACACUAAGGGCAAUCGGGGAUGUGAAGCUACUUGUACUCAUUCAUGAUGCACCUAUAUGGACUGGUAACUUUAGAUAUAUUCUCAGUUGUCGAUCCUGACUGGUUUCCCAGAAUGGAAUUUCCUUGGGACUAUUCUGAUCUAGAACAUCAAGGGUGAAAUCAGGUUCUUGAAUGCAGCAAAUUAGCUUAUCACUAGCUAGUGCCAGACUAGGCAUGUCUUCUGGUCCAGUGAACUUAGUUACUGGCUGUUUACUGGGUAGCCAAAGCGUAGGUUAGGAUGAGUACAAAAGAAAGCAAAAACUGAAAACCUUGAAGUGUUCAGUGAAGGUUUCCCGGGCGUUCAGUGAAUGUGUACAGUUUUGUUUAUAUAUAUAUAUAUAUUCCUGUCAGAUUCACAAAUCCUUAAUUUCAGUUUCGAAAUGGUUUCUGGAGGUUAGUUAUCGUUGUAAGUUGAGGCUGACUGAUUAUGAUUUUUCAACACCGAUACCGAUUAUUGGAGGACCAAAAAAAGCCGAUACCGAUUUAAUCUGCCUAUUUUUAUAUAUAUAAUAUAUUUAUAUGUAUGUGUGUAUAUAUGUGUAUAUAUAUGUGUAUAUAUAUGUGUGUAUAUAUGUGUAUAUAUAUGUGUGUAUAUAUGUGUAUAUAUAUGUGUAUAUAUAUGUGUGUAUAUAUGUGUGUAUAUAUAUGUAUUUUUAAUAAUGACAAUUACAACAAUACUGAAUGAACACUUAUUUUAACUUCAUAUAAUACAUCAAUAAAAUCAAUUUAGCCUCAAAUAAAUAAUGAAACAUGUUCAAUUUGGUUUAAAUAAUGCAAAGACAAAGUGUUGAAGAAGUAAAAGUGCAAUGUAAGAAAGCUAACGUUUAAGUUCCUUGCUCAGAACAUGAGAACAUAUGAAAGCUGGUGGUUCCUUUUGAACGAGUCUUCAAUAUUACCAGGUAAGAUGUUUUAGGUUGUAGUUAUUAUAGGAAUUAUAGGACUAUUUCUCUCUCUACCAUUUGUAUUUCAUAUACCUUUGACUAUUGGAUGUUCUUAUAGGCACUUUAGUAUUGCCAGUGUAACAGUACAGCUUCCGUCCCUCUCCUCGCUCCUACGUGGGCUCGAACCAGGAACACAACGACAACAGCCACCCUCGAAGCAGCGUUACCCAUGCAGAGCAAGGGGAACAACCACUCCAAGUCUCCGAGCGAGUGAUGUUUGAAACGCUAUUAGUGUGCACCCCGCUAACUAGCUAGCCAUUUCACAUCGGUUACACCAGCCUAAUCUCGGGAGUUGAUAGGCUUGAAGUCCUAAACAGCACAAUGAAGAGCUGCUGGCAAAACGCACAAAAGUGCUGUUUGAAUGAAUGCUUAUGAGCUUGCUGCUGCCUACUAUCGCUCAGUCAGACUGCUCUACCAAAUCAUAGACUUAAUUAUAACAUAAUAACACACAGAAAUACGAGCCUUUGGUCAUUAAUAUGGUAGAAUCCGGAAACUAUCAUCUCGAAAACAAGACGUUUAUUCUUUCAGUGAAAUACGGAACCGUUCCGUAUUUUAUCUAACGGGUGGCAUCCAUAAAUCUAAAUAUUGCUGUUACAUUGCACAACCUUCAAUGUUAUGUCAUAAUUACGUAAAAUUCUGGCAAAUUAGGUGGCCCAAACUGUUGCAUAUACACUGACUCUGCGUGCAAUGAACGCAAGAGAGGUGACACAAUUUCACCUGGUUAAUAUUGCCUGCUCACCUGGAUUUCUUUGAGCUAAAUAUGCAGGUUUAAAAAUAUAUACUUCUGUGUAUUGAUGUUUAUGGUUAGGUACACGUUGGAGCAACGACAGUCCUUUUUCACAAAUACGCACCGCAUCGAUUAUAUGCAACGCAGGACACGCUAGAUAAACUAGUAAUAUCAUCAACCAUGUGUAGUUAACUAGUGAUUAUGAUUGAUUGUUUUUUAUAAGAUAAGUUUAAUGCUAGCUAGUAACUUACCUUGGCUUACUGCAUUCGCGUAACAGGCAGGCCCCUCGUGGAGUGCAAUAUAAUCAGGUGGUUAGAGCGUUGGACUAGUUAACUGUAAGGCUGCAAGAUUGACAAGGUAAAAAUCUGUCGUUCUGCCCCUGAACAAGGCAGUUUACCUACCGUUCCUAGGCCGUCAUUGAAAAUAAGAAUGUGUUCUUAACUGACUUGCCCCGUUAAAUAAAGAUUAAAUAAAUGUGUUAAAAAAAUAAUAAUUGGCCAAAUCGGUGUCCAAAAAAUACAGAUUGUUAUGAAAACUUGAAAUCGGCCCCGAUUAAAUCGGUCGACCUCUAGUUGCAAGCACCUUAAAUGUAUACCAAAAUUAUAAAGAGCUGGCCUACUAGUUGGGAGGAAGUGACUGGUUGGAAGAAUGAAGCCUGUUGAUUUAGUGGGUUGUAACAUUUCCUAGAUAUCAGUUGUUGGACUAUUUUGGAGGUUUUGUCACCAUGCCCCAACAUAAGUAAUUUAUUUUCAUACAGAAAACAAAACGUGUUGCCAUUACACAAGUUCAUCAUGGAAUGUCUCCUUUUGCUAAUAUUUUCUCAUUUGAACCGUACAGAUCGCAAAGCAUUUUUUCCCACCCCAAAUUUGAGGUGGUGUGAUAUGUACCUACCAUUACAAUUUUAUCAAGCAAUACAUGGGAAAUAAAUAAAUAUAGUUUAAAAAGGUAACAUUACAUAUAUACAAAAAUGUGUAAAUAUGGAUAUUUAUAUAUUGUAGAAAUAAAAUAACUUUGUUAGAAGUGUUUGGAGUGAGAUAGGAGGGUUGGGCAGAUUGAGAGCACCAUGGUCUGGUGAUCCAUCUGUUUUGAUGUAGCUAGCAAGAGUGAUUCAGGUGCACAUUUAGUUUUUGAAUGUGAUCACACAAGCGUGGAUUAAUGAUUUAAUUGGUAUUUUCUGCUAUUUGUUUUAGAUUUUAAUCCUUGGCUUUCUGUUAUGGAUGCCUGUCCCUUCAUUCACGUAACUUGCUGUCUAGCGUGAGUGAUUGCAUCAUACCGAGAGGAGAGAGAAGUUUUUAUGGCAUAACCUUAAAUAGUACAGUAUACGCAAUACAGUACCAUUGUUUACCAUUUACUAUUCAGUAUGAGAUAAGGAAGUCCCAAUGUGUGUCUAUAUAAAAUGCUGUGUUUGAUAUGAUUUCUCCUGUCAGGGUUUUAUAGUUUCCUUAAAACCCAAUGGAUCAUGUAUUGUACAGUUGAAGUCGGAAGUUUACAUACUCAGGUUGGAGUUUCAUACAUUUCUUGUUAACAAACUAUAGUUUUGGCAAGUCAGUUAGGACAUCUACUUUGUGCAUGACACAAGUCAUUUUUCCAACAAUUGUUUACAGUCAUUAUUUUAUUUUUAAUUCACUGUAUCAGAAUCCCAGUGGGUCAGAAGUUUACAUACACUAAGUUGACUAAGCCUUUUAAACAGCUUGGAAAAUUCCAGAAAAUGAUGUCAUAGCUUUAUAAGCUUCUGAUAGGCUAACUGCAUAUAGAGACAAAGAUUGUACUUUUUGGAGAAAUUACCUCUGGUCUGAUGAAACAAAAAUAGAACUGUUUGGCCAUAAUGACCAUUAUGUUUGGAGGAAAAAGGGGGAGGCUUGCAAGCCGAAGAACACCAUCCCAACCGUGAAGCACGAGGGUGGCAGCAUCAUGUUGUGGGGGUGCUUUGCUACAGGAGGGACUGGUGCACUUCACAAAAUAGAUGGCGUUAUGAGGCAGGAAAAUUGUGCAUAUAUUGAAGCAACAUCUCAAGACAUCAGUCAGGAAGUUUAUAAUUUAAAGCUUGGUCGUAAAUGGGUCUUCCAAAUGGACAAUGACCCCAAGCAUACUCCCAAAGUUUUCCAAAGUUGUGGCAAAAUUGCUUAAGGACAACAAAGUCAAGGUAUUGGAGUAGCCAUCACAAAGCCCUGACCUCAAUCCUAUAGUAAAUGUGUGGGCAGAACUGAAAAGGCGUGUGCGAGCAAGGAGGCCUACAAACCUGACUAAGUUACACCAGCUCUGUCAGGAGGAUUGGACCAAAAUUCACCCAACUUAUUGUGGGAAGCUUGUGGAAGACUACACAAAACGUUUGACCCAAGUUAAACAAUUUAAAAGGCAAAGCUAGCAAAUACUAAUUGAGUGUAUGCAAACUUUUGACCCACUAGAAAUGUGAUGAAAGAAAUAAAAGCUGAAAUAAAUCAUUCUCUACUAUUGUUCUGACAUUUCACAUUCUUAAAAUAAAAUGGUGAUCCAUUCUGACCUAAGGCAGGGAAUUUUUACUAGGAUUAAAUGUCAGGAAUUGUGAAAAACUGAGUUUAAAUGUAUUUAGCUAAGGUGUAUGUAAACUUUGACUUCAACUGUAUAUGCGAGAGUUAUCCUUUGCUAGAUGGUUUCCAUGUAAUUUAUUAAAUGGUUUGUUCUAUGAUAUUAUGGGUUAGUUUUACAGGCACAGAUUAAGCAGAUGUUUUUGUUGUUGCAUGCUUUGUCGUCCAGGACUAGUUUUAAUCUCUGUCUGAGAAAGCAUCCCCCAAUGUGUACAGUUAGUUGAAUGCAGAGCAUCAAAGGGUUUUGGUGCAAACUCUCGCAGAAGGGUCUGGUAGCACGAGUCAUGAUUUUAAAUGGAUACUUGGCAAUGAAGCCACUUAACAACUUCCCCACUAGUUAACGCUAGUCAGCAACUUUCUGCAGAGACACAAAUAUGGUAUCUGCAAGUUCAUCUUGACCCUGGGGAGGUAUACUGAUCAAAAAUAUAAAUGCAACAAUUUCAAAGAUUUUACUGAGUCCAGUUAAUUUAAGGAAAUCAUUCAACAGAAAGACAUUCAUUAGGCCCGACUAUGGAUUUCACAUGACUGGGCAGGGGUGGUUACAUGUGGGCUGCGGUUGUGAGGCCAGUUGGAUGUACUGACAAAUUCUCUAAAACAACGUUGUAGGUGGCUUAUGAUAUAGAAAUAAACAUGAAAUGAUCUAGCAACAGCUCUGGUGGACAUUCCUAGUCAGCAUGCCAAUUGCACACUCCCUCAAAUUGAGACCUCUGUAGCAUUGUGUUGUCACAAAACGGCACAUUUUAGAGUGACUCUUUAUUGUCCACAGCAUACGGUGCACCUGUGUAAUGAUCAUGCUGUUUAAUCAGCUUCUUGAUAUGCCACACCUGUCAGGUGGAUGGAUUAUCUUGGCAAAGGAGAAAAGCUCACGAACAGGAUGUAAACACAUUUGAAAGAAAUAAGCUUUUUGUGAGUAUGGAACAUUUUCUGGGAUUUUUUGUUUCAGCUCAUGAAACAUGGGACCAACACUUGCGUUUUAUAUAUUUUUUUCAGUGGAGAUAAAGGGCUUCAUUGCUAAAAUAUUGAAACUCAUUACUCUGUGUGUAUAGACUUCUUUUCCUUCAUACAUUUGCUCUAGAACCUUUUGUCUAACCAUACAAUAAACGACAUCAACUAAAACACAUUGCAUUAUUUGUGUAGGAAGUUACUGUAAUACGUUCUAGUACAGGUUGAGGAGAAACUAAUAUGGCACAAUGCACAUUACUAGCAUUGGCUUCUUAGAUCACUGAAGGCAAUAGUGUUGAUUAUUUGCACACAAUUAGCAGCAUCGAUAAUGGGUCUAUAGCAACAUAUCUUCAGGUUAAAGUAUUUACAGAAGAGAAUGUCACUGCAACUGUUUCUUGUAUACAAUAUACUAUGGUUUCCUUGUUUGACCAUUUGCCUCAUGCAGCGCAACAUCUCCUUCGCAUAGAGUUGAUCUGGCUGUUGAUUGUGUCCUGUUGUCCCAAUCCUCUAGAACUAGAACAUGCUGUCGUACACGCCAAUCCAGAGCAUCCCAAACAUGUUCAAUGGGUGACAUGUUUGAGUAUGUAGACCAUUGAAGAACUGAAACAUUUUCAGCUUCCAGGAAUUGUGUACAGAUCCUUGAGACAUGGGGCUGUGCAUUAUCCUGCUGAAACAUGGAGGAUGAUGGAGGAGGAUGAAUGGCACGACAAUGGGCCUCAGGAUCUCAUCACGGUAUCUCUGUGCAUUCAAAUUUCCAUUGAUAAAAUGCAAUUGUGUUCAUUGUCUGUAGCUCAUGCUUGCCCAUACCAUAACCCCACCAUGGGACACUGUUCAAUGUUGACGUCAGCAAACCGCUCGCCCACACAACGCCAAACAAGCUGUCACUCAACAUGUACUGCACUGACACAAACGACUGAUGAUUGGUUGAAAGAAAUUGAUAAGAUGGUGGGAGCUGUACUGUUAGAUAUCAGUGCAGAUUUUGAUAUUAUUGACCAUAACCUGUUAACAUUUGGCCAUGAUUUACCCCCACAAAAGUAUGUGGAUGUCUAUUUCAGCCACACCCGUUACUGACCUAUAUGUAUACAGUUGAAGUGGGAAGUUUACAUACACUUAUGUUGGAGGCAUUAAAACUAGCUUUUCAGCCACCACAAAUUUAUUGAUAACAAACUCUAGUUUUGGCAAGUCUGUUAGGACAUCUACUUUGUGCAUGACACAAGUCAUUUUUCCAACAAAUGUCUACAGGCAGAUUAUUUCACUUAUAAUUCACUGUAUCACAUUUCCAGCGGGUCAGAAGUUUACAAACACCAAGUUGACUGCUUUUAAACAGUUUGGAAAAUUCCAGAAAAUGUAAUGGCUUUUGAAGCUUCUGACAGGCUAAUUGACAUAAUUUGAGUCAAUUGGAGGUGUAUCCGUGGAUGUAUUUCAAGGCCUACCUUCAAACUCAGUGCCUCUUUGCUUGACAUCAUGGGAAAAUCAAAAGAAAUCAGCCAAGACCUCAGAAAAUAAAUUGUAGACCACAAGUCUACAACUGCACAUGAGGACAAAGAUGGUACUUUUUGGAGAAAUGUCCUCUGGUCUGAUGAAACAAAAAUAGAAUUGUUUGGCCAUAAUGAACAUCGUUAUGUUUGGAGGAAAAAGGGGGACGCUUGCAAGCCGAAGAACACCAUCCCAACCAUGAAGCAAGGGGGUGGAGUGCUUUGCUGCAGGAGAGUGUGGUGGAUGAAUCAAAAUUAGUUGGGUAACAUGGAUAAUUAAGAUGUUUUAUUUGCAUAAUAUGCUUAUGUGAGAUACUUGUCAUUGUCCUUUUGGACUAUAGUGUUGGCAGUUGCACGUUUCCCCUCAGUUAGGUCUCAGUCACUUGGGGCCCAGAGAGGGGAGAGGUCAGGCUUGUCUUUCACAUGUCCCUGGUGCUAUGCAGAAUAUCAGAAAGGGAAGAGGACAGAAUGGAACAUUGUCUUCAUAUGUGAAUGUGUCUUUACCUAUUCAUAAACCAUGUGAAGGGAUGGCGUGAUUAAUGGGGAACCAAUUACUUGUCUCCUUCAUGCGCCAGUCACUCCCUCCUCUUCCCACUGGGGGGAGGUAUAUGGCAGUGUCUGGAACCAUUGUAUGUCCUCUCUGAUCUUACACUUAUCCUGGAUAGUGUGUGAGCUUGUCCAGGAGAGGGGGUUUACUUGAGAUGGGAGUAUCUAGAGUUGACAAUUGAUAUUGGAUGAGUUGGUGUUUUUGUACUACGAAGUACCAGGAAUGAGAUUAGAACCUCGUCUGAGGGACCAAACUAAACGAUAAUUUAUAGCGAAUGUUAUCUGGCUAAGGGAUACUCCUUUCUCAAGAAAGUCUUUCUUUGUGAACAGUUCCUAAGAUCUGUGGUUCGUCUUGUAAGUUGAGAGGGGUAUAUCUUGGCUAUAAAAGAUCUUUGUACUUUCCUGUUGGUACUUGUCAACAGUUCAUUAGAAAUAGUGAAUUGUUGAAAGUCAAAUGCUAUUGCAAAGCUUAGUAUUAUUAAAGAUGUAGUUUAAGUAUAA